GCGCAUGCGCUUGGUACUAACGUUUUCUCGCGAGAAGUGUGGACCAGCAUGGCGGUGCUUCUUGAAACGACGCUGGGAGAUAUUGUUAUUGAUUUAUUCACAGAAGAAAGGCCUAAAACUUGCCUUAACUUCCUGAAGUUGUGCAAAAUAAAGUACUACAACUACUGUCUGAUCCACAAUGUACAGAGAGACUUCAUUGUGCAGACUGGAGAUCCUACUGGAACAGGUCGUGGAGGAGAAUCUAUUUACUGUAAACUGUAUGGAGACCAGGCCCGCUUUUUUGAUGUAGAGAAGGCACCCCGCAUCAAACACAGGAAGAAAGGGACGGUGUCCAUGGUGAACAAUGGAAAUGAGCAACAUGGCUCUCAGAAUUAACCACACCGUGAUACUAGAUGAUCCGUUUGAUGACCCUCUGGACCUGCCGGUGCCAGACCGAUCCCCGGAGCCCAGCAAGGAGCAGUUGGAUAGCGGCCGGAUCGGAGCUGAGGAGGUGAUCGAUGAUACUGAAGGGAAGGAGGCUGAGGAGCUGGAAGAGAGGUUGAAGGAGAAGGAGGCUAAGACUCAGGCCAUCCUGCUGGAGAUGGUGGGGGACCUCCCUGAUGCAGAUGUGAAGCCUCCAGAGAAUGUUCUGUUUGUGUGUAAGCUGAAUCCAGUAACCACUGAUGAGGACCUGGAAAUCAUCUUUUCUCGCUUUGGACCCAUCAAAAGCUGUGAGAUCAUCAGAGACUGGAAGUCUGGAGAUUCCCUCUGUUACGCUUUCAUCGAGUUCGAUAAGCAAGAGGACUGCGAGAAAGCUUACUUCAAGAUGGACAACGUACUCAUUGAUGACCGGCGGAUCCAUGUGGACUUCAGUCAGUCGGUCGCUAAGAUCAAGUGGAAAGGAAAAGGUGGCAAGUACACCAAAGAUGACUUCAAAGCCUACGAGAAGGACCUGGAAAACCGAGGAAAGCUAGCUUUGAAGGACAAGAUGAAGCCCAAACAAGAUUCCAAGUAUGACCUGCUGAUUGAGGAUGAAGAGGAGACAGUGAGCCAUCAGCACCUUGACAAGAAACAUAAGAAGAAGCAUCAUCAUCAUCAUUCAGAUAAUGAGGAUGGCAAGAACACCAGAAAACACAAAGACAGUAAGGAGAGCCACGGUGACAGGAAGGUGGGCCGCCAGCACUCACGUUCACGCUCAAGAGACCGGGACCACAAGCACAGAAAGUCCCGAUCCAGACAUGACAAAGAGGGUCAGGACAAAGGUCACAGGGACAUGAGCCGCUCCCCCAAAAGGUCGAAGGACAAGGACAGGAGCAGAUUCAGAUGACUGUAUAAGAGUAAAACCUGAAGUCCACGAUGUUCAGCUCACUCUUAGAUCACUAACGGGUCUGAUGUGGAACUUUUACAUCCAGCAAUGAGAACCUGGGAGUCUGUGGGUUUUUGUUUUAGCUCAUCAUGUGAAUGUGAAGGAUUUCUGUAGUCAGACUUGUGAUAAAUUAAAGGCAUAAUAUGCAAAUUUUUCCUA